AUGUCGAAACCAGAACUUAUAGUACCACUACCGGUAUCACCACUUGGAGAUCCAACGACGCAGUUAAUCAAGGAGUUGACCAAACAAAGAGGAUCCCUGAAAGAUUUUAAUCAAGUGCAAAAUAAGCUAGAUGAGGUUCUUCCUGAGUCUCAAAGUGAUGAGCAACUUGACGAGAGGGAAUCGUUUGAAUGUAAGUACUAUGGUAUAUUAGCGCAGGCAAAUUGCAUUUUAGACAUAGAUUGUGAUUCACCUAAUGUACAAAUCAGUGAAGACAGUUUGAGUGUGCAUCACGCAGAGACUUGUAAGUUUGGACCGUGUAGGAAGUGCAACGCUAAGCACAACACGAUCAUUCAUCGCGAGCAUAGCCGCAGCCCCACUGAGGGACGGAGGUCGCUGCUGCCGGCGCACGAGCAAGGCGAGUGUAGUAGUGAUCCUCCUCAAUUAGUUCAACGCACACAAAUGCAAUCCUAUUCAUCGCAGAUGGUCGGGCCAGCCAUUCAAGGCGAUUUAUUUUCUAUUCUAUUGAGAUUUCGCGAAAAUACUUAUAUAGCCUGUGCCGACAUCGAGAAGAUGUAUAGGCAGGUGUUAGUCGUGGAAAAUCAACGCGACCUCCAGCUUAUAUUAUGGCGAAGCAAUCCAGAUGCACCCAUCGAGAGCUAUAGAUUGAAUACGGUGACCUACGGGACUGCGUCGGCGCCUUUUCUAAGCGUGAGAUGUUUGCGACAAUUAGCUAUCGAGUGCAAUGACCUUGACGUUAAACGAAUAAUAACACAGGACUUUUAUGUUGAUGAUAUGAUUACGGGGAGCAAUAAUAAGCAUGAAUUAUUAGAAUUAUGCGAAAAAACUACUAAAGUUUUAGCUUCGGGUUGCUUUCCUCUUCGUAAAUGGUUAUUUAAUUUUGAACGGGAUAAUGUACAAUCGGAAACACAAGUGUUUAAAAAUCUUUCAUUAGGUGAACAAUCACAGUCAAAAACACUUGGAUUGAGUUGGCUUAGUCACUCUGAUCAGCUUAAUUAUCAAACUAAAAUUGAUGUUCACCCUAAUAAGAUAACGAAACGUGGUAUAUUAUCGAUUAUAUCUCAAAUUUUUGAUCCCUUAGGCUUGUUAAGCGCGACUAUAAUAUCUGUUAAAAUUCUAUUACAAAAAUUAUGGUUGUUAAAGAUUGAUUGGGACACAGAGUUACCUCACGAUGUGUCACAUGAAUUUAAUAAGUUUUUAAAUAGUCUCAAUGAACUUUGUAACAUACGUAUACCGCGCCAUGCAUUUGCUAGGUCUCACAUUCGUUCAGAACUACACAUUUUUACCGAUGCCUCUCAAGUAGCUUACGGGGCAUGUGCAUACGUACGUACCUUUACGCAAGAAGGUGUUACAAUAAGGUUGUUAUGCGCUAAGGGCAAAGUAGCCCCCUUAAAAACUUUAACUGUUCCUAGGCUUGAGCUGUGCGGCGCUAUAACGGGAGCUAGGCUUGCUGUGAAGAUAAUUGAAUCGCUCCGUUGUCAGUUCGAUGACGUCAUACUCUGGAGCGAUUCAACUAUCGUUUUAGGGUGGUUACGUAUGGCACCUUAUCAAUUAAAAACAUAUGUACAGAACCGGGUAGUCGAAGUACAGGAGCUGACGCGUGACUUUAUAUGGAGGCACGUCGCAACACACGAUAACCCAGCUGAUUUAGUGUCACGAGGUACCGAUUUAUCGACAUUAAAAGACCUAGGGUUGUGGUGGGAAGGCCCAAGUUUUCUUCACGAUCCUAAUUUUACGUCACGUUCAGCUCAGGUACAUACGACCAUGAUAAACGCAGACAAUCUACCGGAAGUUCUCGCGGUUCAACCGCAUCCAACGCACCAUGGCAUACGUUAA